AUGUCAAGCACAUGCAAUUCUAAAGGCAAGCUCAACCCUCCUCCCCUACAAACUGCGAAAGUACAAGAGCUGGCGGUUCAGGUGCAAGAGGAAAAUGACAGAAAGUCGAACCUUGAGCAGCGGAUACUGGACCGCAUCAAGAAAUGUCUCCAACGGGCUCAACAUCCAAACACUCCAGAGUCGGAAGCCCAAGCCGCAAUGCGUAUGGCAAGCCGCCUGAUGACUCAACACAAUGUCACACAUGCCGAUCUUCUAGAUCGGGCUACCAACGAUGACGACUACGCCGCCCUAGGAGGGCAGUCGGUGGUGGCCAUCACCAGCACUAACGGAAGUGGAGCAAAAGUCAUUUCCCAAACUUGGGUUCACGACAUUGCCGCGGCGAUGACCAUCUUCUUCGACUGCCAGACUUAUUCCACGCAGUGUCUGGCUUCCAUUGAAUGGACCUUCUACGGGAUUGCUGCGAACACGGUCGCCGCUGCGAUGGCCUUCGAAAUGGCUCAUAAUCUGACCCUCGAAUGGGCCAGGAGCAAAGCUGGCAAAAACGCAAAACAUAGCUAUUGCCUAGGCAUUGGUAUUGGCCUGGAGAAUAUUGCUCGAAAAGAGAAGAGAGAUGAGAAAAAACGUGCGGAAGAGAUGGAAAGACGACGUGAGCAAUGUCAGCAAGAUGGGCAUAUUUACCAUUCUACCGAGGACUCCAAUGAUGACCAGAAUGCAACCGCACGCUCAUCGCUAAAUCCCGGGAUCUCCCCAUGCCUCGAGAACCAUGAGAAGCCGUCACUCAAGCUGGAGGAUAGUGACAAUGUAAGAGAGCAGGGAAAUACGACCGACGAUAGUGACGUCGAAGAUCAAAUGAUAUUUAAGGAGGAGGAAGAUGAGGACGAGAAGAAACGAACUAUGAAGCCGGAGGACGGUGAAGACCAGAAAUUAGCGCGCCCAGAAAAUCAAGGAUACCUCAGCGACGAGGAUGAAGUUGAAGCUGAAGUGACUUUUAAGGAAGAGGAAGAGAAGCCACUGGACCUGGACGCUGACUUUGACGAACAACUUCACGAGAUGGUUCCUAGUCAUGCUCCCGCAACCUCUGCUACUGUUGGUGAUCAUGAAAGCGAAGGUCAACUCACGGUCAAUCCCUGGAAUUCAAGCCAGGCUCUGGUGCGAUUCCGUCAGUCUGCCGAGAAAGUUGCAGAUGAGUACUUGAAGGCGCAGAAAACGAAGCUCAGCAAGGGUAGACGCAGAGAACGCACGGUCAGAGACCAUUGUGCGUACCGAGAGGGAGUCGAAGACAGCAAGCGGAUCGACGUCAAGAGAAGAAGGAUCGAGGGUGCCUGA